AUGUGUAGCUCUGUUGCUGCCAGAUUGUGGUUCUUGACAGAUCGUCGAAUCAGAGAAGAUUACCCCCAACAGGAGAUACUGCGAGCUCUAAAGGCCAAAUGUUGUGAGGAGGAACUAGACUUUAGAGCUGUGGUGAUGGAUGAAGUUGUGUUAACAGUCGAACAAGGGAAUUUGGGUCUCCGAAUCAAUGGGGAGUUGAUCACUGCCUAUCCCCAGGUGGUGGUGGUAAGGGUGCCAACACCUUGGGUGCAAAGUGAUAGUGAUAUUACUGUAUUACGUCACCUAGAGAAGAUGGGAUGCCGGCUGAUGAACCGGCCCCAAGCUAUCCUGAAUUGCGUCAAUAAGUUCUGGACUUUCCAAGAGCUAGCUGGCCAUGGUGUUCCUCUUCCAGAUACCUUCUCUUAUGGUGGUCAUGAAAAUUUUGCUAAAAUGAUUGAUGAAGCAGAAGUAUUGGAAUUCCCAAUGGUGGUGAAGAAUACACGGGGUCAUAGAGGUAAAGCUGUUUUCCUGGCUCGAGAUAAGCACCACUUGGCUGACCUAAGCCAUCUUAUUCGCCAUGAAGCUCCAUACCUAUUCCAGAAGUAUAUAAAGGAAUCCCAUGGCCGGGAUGUGCGUGUCAUUGUGGUGGGAGGCCGCGUAGUCGGCACUAUGCUGCGCUGUUCAACUGAUGGAAGGAUGCAAAGCAACUGCUCCCUAGGUGGUGUGGGAAUGAUGUGCUCACUGAGUGAACAAGGAAAACAGCUUGCCAUCCAAGUGUCAAACAUCUUGGGAAUGGAUGUGUGCGGCAUUGACCUGCUGAUGAAAGAUGACGGUUCAUUCUGCGUCUGCGAGGCCAAUGCAAAUGUAGGUUUCAUCGCCUUUGAUAAGGCUUGUAAUCUAGACGUAGCUGGUAUGAUAGCGGACUAUGCCACCUCCCUUCUGCCCCCUGGCCGGCUCACACGGCGCAUGUCCCUGCUCUCCGUGGUGUCCACGGCCAGCGAGACUAGUGAGCCAGAGCUGGGCCCCCCAGCCAGCACUGCUGUCGACAACAUGAGCGCAAGCUCCAGCUCUGUCGACAGCGACCCUGAAACCACGGAGAGGGAGCUACUCACCAAGCUCCCAGGGGGCCUGUUCAACAUGAACCAGCUGCUAGCCAAUGAAAUCAAACUCCUGGUGGAGUGACUCCACCUGUAAAUAAUUAACGAAC